AUGAUACGAUUGAAAAUCGCUAAAUGGACGCUGCGUUUGCUAACGAUCAGCAUGCUGCUGCAGGACAUUUAUGGGCAGACAACCGUUUCUAGUGCCAAGGUGGUGAAGAAAGCUUAUCGGCUGAUCAUCAUGGACUAUGAAAAAGUAGGAGCACCGGUGGCAUACUCCUUUUUACCAUAUGCGUUUCAAGGAGCUGGUCAAACGUCGGUUACCGAGUGCACGAAUUGCACGACGAGUGCUCCCUUGGAGGAUCUGAGCUUUGAUUACAGCAAUUUCACCUGGAUACAAAAUGCCAGCUAUGCUGACUACGGCAGCGCUGAUGCGAGCAACAUUCUUGCAACAAUGCCAUUGGGGGUCGCCAGUACCACGGCAGCUCCAACGAGUACCUCUCCUGCUAAAAGCACGGAUAACCCGAUCACCAGCACAUCUCAGGCUCCAUCGACUACCCAGGCUAGCGCGAGGACAACUACGCCAGCGAAACGUACUAAAACUCCCAAGAAAACAACAACUACGACCACGACUACUACCACGACAACUACGACCACGACUACCGAGCCUCCGAGGCGGAAAACUAAAAAACCCAAAAAGAACGGCAAAGCCAUGCCGAUGACAACGACGACUACGACUACCACUGAACCGCCGAGGAAAAAGACAAAACACAUGCGAAAAAUAAAGGACGAAUCGACUACCGAGCCAUCCAGCACCUCGACGACUAAGAAGUUGUCAAAGCAAAAGCGCAAGGAGCAGAACACGGAAUAA